AUGGCAAGUGUUACUUCAACCGACAGAACUGAUAGGUUGAAUAACGAAAAUUAUAGGACAUGGAAAUUUUCCAUGAAAAUUUCCUAUGUAGAUGGAACAUGCAAAUUACAAGAGGGUGCAGAUGCAGUUACAGAACAAGCAUAUAAGUCUAAGGUAGAAAAAGCAUUAUCAACAAUAGCAUUGUCCAUCGAUCCUGAUCAGCAAAUACAUAUAGUAGACUGCAAAACUGCUGAAGAAGCAUGGAUAAUAUUAGAACAAGUAUAUGAACCUCGUUCAAGACAGAGGAUUAUGCAAUUGAAACGAGAGUUUGUAAGGAUUCGACUGAAGGAGAAUGAAAUAAUGGCUUCAUACCUAUCCCGAAUGAAGAUCUGUAGUGACUACUUGAGAGCUGCUGGAUCUGAAGUCCAAGAUGAGGAUUUAGCAUAUGCGAUGCUUACUGGGUUGCCAGACACAUAUGAUGCCCUAACAAUGUCACUUGCAAAUCUAGAGGAUCAUAAAUUUACAUCAGUUGAAAUAAGGAAAGCGCUGUUGACAGAAUAUGAAAGAAGAAUGUCCAAAAGUGAAGAAUCAAACAACCAGUCAGAAAUAGCAGCAUAUCAGACUGGCAAGCAAAAAUUGCAGCGUAACACCAAGACAAAUACAGCGUUUAAAUGUUUUCAGUGUGGAAAACCAAGGCAUAUAGCUACACACUGCAGAGGUAAGAAGAUGAAUACAUAUACAAAGGAAGCAAGGGAAUAUCCCAGAAAUCAAAAGAGGUCUACAACUAAGAGAGACACUGUAGCUCUUUUACUGGCGCUGCAUAAUGUGGAGUUUGACGAGGCAUGGUUACUGGGCAGCGCAGCAACUCACCAUGUAUGUAAGAACCAAGAAUAUUUUACAAACUACAGGCAAAUUCAAUCAAAACCAAUAGAAACUGUGAUUCCUGAAACAAAGACUGUUGUUAAUGUGCAUCAGGCAAGUGUGCCUGAGUCCGACGUAUGGCAUGCUAGAUUUGGCCAUAUAAAUAACAAGUCCAUCGACACUCUCGCUAUAAGAGGUUUCGUGAAAGGACUCGAGAAUGUAAAAAUGGAUUCGGAACAAUGUCCGGGCUGUUGCGUUGGAAAAUCCACCAAGGCCCCUUGUAAGAAAAUAUCUGGGAGACAGUCAAAUGAGAUUUUGGAACUAACACACUCAGAUAUAUGCGGACCGAUACAGGUAAGCUCUAUAGGAGGAGCUAGAUACUUCAUGACUCUAAUAGACGAUUUUUCAAGAAAAGCUGAAGUACAUUUCCUAAAGAAUAAAAACGAAGUACCUCAAAUUAUUCAGCAAUAUAUUGUAAAAGUAGAAAGGCAGAAAAGUUUAAAAGUGAAAAGAUUUAGAACGGAUAACGGACUAGAAUUUUGUAACCGUGAAACGAAGGAACUAUUCGACAGUCUUGGCAUCAAGCAUGAGAGAACGUGCGUUGAGACACCCCAAAUGAAUGGAGUGGCUGAGCGAUUAAAUCGUACAUUAAUGGAUAUGGUACGAGCUAUGUUAAAGUCAGCAAAAUUACCAUCAUCGUUCUGGGCGGAGGCAACAAGCACCGCAGUACAGUAA